AUGUAUGUUGCUCUGAGCAGACCGGCGCGGCUCGCCCGACAGACAGAGCUCAUCAGGCUCUCCUUCCUCCACACAUCGAGCAAUCGCCUGCAGCCGCGAACUGGUCGCACGGUCGAAGAGCUCGAACAAGACGAUGACCACCGUCAUGACUCUGGCGAGCUGCCUCGAGCGGCCGAGUCAGGCGCAUCACGCUACUCACACCACAGAGAGCAUGUCGGCUACGACACGCCUGCUCAUGCGCCCUCAUCGCGCGAGGAUAUCAUGACUGUGCACGAGCGGGGCGAGAUGUCAGAUUCGGGCGAGUUCCCGAUGGAGCUAGGACCAGAGACGAGCAAACGGCGAAGCACGCCAGACCAUUCCGAUCAUCAUCAUCGCGAUCUUUCUUCCAUGCGCGAGCAAGGCGAGCUCGCUGACAAUGGAGAGUUCCCGAGACAUCUCGAUGAUGUGAUAGCCGAACGCCCUACAUUUGCAGACAGGGCGACCUCUACGGGCGCAGCUGCCACUAUCAUGAGGCCUCGAGCGUCAAAAGCCAAUCGACCAUCGCCAACACCAGCAGCACAACCGAGUCGACACAGACUUUUCUACCGGGACCUGCUACCGCCGAUCCUACAAGCUCUUGCGCUUGGCAGUAUCGCGUUUUAUGCGCUCUCGCUGCUGCAGAUGUCGCUCGACGCAAAGUAUCAAGCAGAGAACUACCUAGCGCAGAUCGCCAAGCUCGAAGCAGAGCUUGCUGAAGCUCGUACGCAGCUCGAGACUGGUCAGGGAAACGUGCGAGGGGAACUCGUGCAGCCAAAGACGGGCUGGCGAGCUUGGAUACCUUUCAUGUGA